GUCGGUAGAAGCAGAAGGAGGAGGUCAGAUUGGAGACGCUGGCGUGGUCCUUAGCUGCCUCGUCGGUGCUCGUGGGCUUCGUUCGUUCCGUGCCUCAUCUCUCCCUGGAAGGGGAGGGAGGCUUCGACCUCGUGUAGGAGCCGCCGCUGCCGUAGUUCCGAGCUUGAAGUCGCUGGGACUUCUCUCAGACUUGUGUGCUGAGGAGACUCAGAUGUUGGCCUCAGCUCCUAGGCUGAACUCAGCAGAUUGGCCCAUGAAAACUUCUGUAUUCAGACAAAGGAAAGGAUCCGUCAGAAAGCAACACCUAUUAUCCUGGGCUUGGCAACAAGGAAGAGGACAGGUACUGGAAAUCCUGCAAUCUGAAAAGCAGACUGAAAGGUGACAAAGAAGCUGAAGAUGGGUGGUGGAGAGAGGUAUAACAUUCCAGUCCCCCAGUCUAGAAAUGUUAGUAAGAACCAACAACAGCUUAAUAGACAGAAGACCAAGGAUCAGAAUUCCCAGAUGAAGAUUGUUCAUAAGAAAAAGGAAAGAGGACAUGGUUAUAAUUCACCAGCAGUUGCAUGGCAGGCCAUGCAAAAUGGGGGGAAGAACAAAGUACAUUUUCCAAAUAAUCAAAAUUGGAACUCUAGCUUAUCAAGCCCCAGCUUACUUUUUAAGUCUCAAACUAACCAGAACUAUGCUGGAGCCAAAUUUAGUGAGCCACCAUCACCAAGUGUUCUUCCUAAACCACCAAGCCAUUGGGUUCCUGUUUCCUUUAAUCCUUCUGAUAAAGAAAUAAUGACAUUUCAACUUAAAACCUUACUUAAAGUACAGGUAUAAAAGAAGAUAAAGUACUAAUGUUUAAAUUUAGAUAUCAUCCUAAAGAACAGUCAGUGAAUCUGAAACAGGUUCACUAGGGAAUUAAUUGUUUGUGUAAAACUGCUAAUUAAUGUUGAAAAUAUGAUUAGACUUUUAUGUGUUAUGUGCACUGUGAUGUAAUGAUCAUAGCAGUGCAACUUAAAAUUACUAAAUAAUUGUACUUGAUAUUGUGUUCUCAUUUGACUAACUCUUUAAGUAAAACCAUUCCAGUUUAGAUUUGGGGAGUGGUAAAGGGAAUCAACUUUCUAUUGCUUGUAACUAAAAUUAUUCAUGGAUCAGUAGAUUUACUUCUUGAAAACUAGUGAAUCAGAAUACAAGUUUCUAGCUAAGAGAGAAAAGGGUUGAGAACUAAUUGAACAUUUGAGUAGUUUAAUGUCUUAGAAACACUCAACCAGUAAUAAUGCCAACCUGAUGUACUGCCAAAAAAGGUGAAUUUUUAAUGAAUGCUUGCAUUUUAGUAAUUGUACAGUGGUGAGUGUGGAAAGGGCACCUAGGGGCUUGUUAAAAUGAUGCACAGUACACCCAACAGCCCUGUUUCUUACAUGCAGUAGGUAGGUGUCUGCCAACAAAUGCACCAAAACCAUUUUUUAUAGACAGUAUUUGGUGGUCACUGAAUAGCAUUCAAAAUACAUUUUUGUAUUAUAGCACUGCACAAGCUAUUGACAGUGAUCUGGCCUCAAAUCAUCCCUGCAAAGCUUGCUUGAAGUGGGGAGGAUUGUAUAAUGUGAAAGUUUUAAGUAUCUAGGAAAGUUAAGAGCCAUGUAAAUACAUGUAAUAAACUUGUAGCAUAUGUAAAGUUUUGUUGGCCUUUAUCCUACAAAAAUAGACUAUUUUAGUAUGAAUUUGCUGAAUGUAAGACCAUGGACUUUAUACUAUGGCUUAGUUUUAAAGGUUCAAAAUAAUUUGUUUAUAAAGUUUGCCAUUGUGCUAAAGUGCCAGUGUAUGCUAUAAUUGAUUUGGUUGUAAACUAUAUUUCAAAGUAAAUUCUAGUGUAAGAAGUCUUAUAAUGGAAAAGGUUUAAGCUGCUAAAACACUUCCUAUUUUUGAGAGAUGUGAAAUGCAGUACUGGACUAUUUUUUUUUCCUUAAGCCCAAAGAUUAACUAUUAAAGGGUCCCACCAGCCUUUAAAUUCAUUGUGGCUUUCACCAAUUUUUGUAACCUCUGAUCCUGGUAUGUUGUGCUAUGCCAGUGAUGUGUUUGUUCUCAUGAAUAAUUACAACCCAAGGGGACCAUUUAUGCAAAAUAUGUAAUUUCCUGCAUAGUAUCUUGAUAUACAACGUUUUUACCUACCUUAAAGGUAAAUGCUAAACGAUGUUAACCCAAUAGCACGUUAAAAGAAAAAGUGGUGGGUGGGAGGUUAAUUUCAAAAUUCUGGUUGCAAAGGCCCUAUUUUAUGAUAUGGCAGCUCUUUUCAUGUUUAUAAGCAGAAUGGCUGAGUUGUAUUUCUUCAGAUGAAUCCAGAUGAAAUAAUACUGUCCAAGUCUGAUAUUGCUAUCUUGAAGACAAAUUUAUAUAGUACUUAAUGUACUGUAAGAACUUAAAGCAUUAAAAAAGUGUUUUUCUCCCCAGUGGUUUGUUUUUAUUUAAGAAACAAAGCUGUAUGACUGUAAUAGUUUACUCUUAGGAAAACAUAAUUAACAUUGAAAUAUGAUAGGACUGUUAGUUUGCAAAGAGGCGACUGAUUAAUUUGCUAACUGAUGUUGAAGACAUUUGGAUUAGCUUGACAGCUAAGCAAUUAAAGCAGCUACUCUUGACUCCUCCUCCUGCCUGCCUCUCCCCCAUAAAAAGGCCACAGAAUACUUGGGAAACUUCACGAAUCAGGCUUAAUUAUGUCUUCUCUUUCUACGUUUUAAGAUGAUCUAGGUUUACAGGAAAAAAAAUAGCACAAAAGAAUUCCUUCCGUUGACAAGAACCACACCUGCUAAUUGACGGGAGUCUACAAACUAGUUAAAGAGUAAUCAAUCCCAAGGCAAGGCUAUAUUUUUUCGUGCAAACUGUUAAGAAAUAAUCAAUUUGGAGGUAAGGUAGGAUCAACAUUUAGGUCUGCUUUCCUGUCUUGUUCCUAGUAUAAUUUCUAUAACAAUGCCAAGGAUUGCCAAAUGGCUUCAAGGUAACCUGAAUAUAAGAUUGAUCAUAACAUCUACCUUAGAAAGGUGCUACGUAAUAUUGUGGUUAGCCUACAGAAAAUAUGGUGACAGGAAUUUGCCAAAUCAACCCACUUGUGAAAACCCAAAAAUAGCUGAAACUUUUCUAGAAUUUAUUUAGUUUCAUUUUCAGGGGCAAUUUGUAAAAUGAGGACAGGAUAAAACUAUUAAACUUCUUAAAUGAGUAUUCAGUCACAGAUUUGUAAGGCAGAGCUAAACUUAUAACAAAAACAAGACUUUUUGGCUCCUACUACAGAAUCAAACCUGUUGACGAUUCCAACUCACAGCAACCCUACAGGACACAGCCAACUGCCCCAUAGCAUUCCCAAGGCUGUAAAUCUUUAAUGAAGCAGACUGCCACAUCUUUCUCCCAUGGAGCUGCUGGUGGGUUAGAGCUGCCAACCUGGUUAGCAGCCUAGCGCCUAACUACUGUGCCACCAGAGCUCCUAGACCAGUGUUUGUUUCACUUUCCAGCAUAUGGUCUGAAGAAAAAUCAAGGACAUUGUCUUUACAAACUACCGUCAACUCUCAAAUGAAUUUACAUGCCUCACUUUUUAUUCCACAUAAAAAAGAAAAAGCCCAAUCUUUAAUACAUGGGUGAAACAGUUACAUGAAUACAUACAACUCAGUAAGUAUAACCAAUACUACUGGGAGGAGCGGGCAGAGGAAAAUACCCAAAAGAGAAGGAAUCUUCCAUAGUGACUAGCAGAAUGUCUGUGAAUGUCAACAAUUGAAGACAAAUGGGUUACUUCAUAUUUAUCACGUUAUCACCAUCUAAAAUGAGAUCAAUUUACCUCCUGGAUUCCUUAAAAAAAAAAAAA